AUGGAGGAUGAAGGUGUUGCUAUCAGCGGACCUAGCCUAAACCCGUACAAGUCGCUGAAGAUGGCUCUUAGGUGUUCAUCUGCCGGUGUCGAUGCUGGUAGCGUUAUUGUUGGGCGUGAAGAUGAAAAGGCCGCCGUGGGAAAAUACCUCGAGACUGGUAGAAUCGACGGUACCUUGAGCAAACCUCGAGCGCUAUAUAUCUCGGGCGCCCCGGGUACUGGCAAGACCGCUCUGGUCACUUGCAUUUCGAACGAGCUACGUGAACAAGGUUGGGAUACCGCCUUUGUCAACUGCAUGGGAAUGACUGGAGGACGCAAGGAGGACGUCUGGAACAGGAUCGCCAUGGCGUGGGGACUGGAAGGCAAGGGUGAACGGGCCGUAGAGACUGGUCUGCGAGCGGCCUCUGCUUCCGACAGACGUCUUCUUAUCCUGGACGAAGUUGACGCGCUUCUAACCUCUACCUCGUCGGCCAAUGCCAACAACACCCUUCGAAACCUGUUUACACUCCCCUCUACCUAUACCCAAACCACGGUGCGAGUCGUCGCCAUUUCCAACUCUCUCGAUCUAACAGCUCGUCGAUCGAUCUCUUCGGCCCUGGCCGAGCUCUCUCCCGACAAUCUGUCUUUUACCGCCUACGGAUCCAAGGAGAUGAUCGCCAUCGUCAAGUCGCGCGUUGCUGCGGUCAAGACGGAUGCCAUGCGUGACGGACGUGACGUUGUCGAACUGGACGAAAAGGCAAUCGAGCUCGUGGGGCGCAAGGUCGAAGUCAGCAACGGUGAUUUGAGAAUGUGCCUCAAUGUCAUGGUGGAAGCCGUCGGGACGGCCGAGGCCGACUGGAAGCGCAAGUCUGCCGCCGGAGCAGCCGAUAUCGCUACACCGAAAGGCACAUCCACGACCGGGCAAUAUCUCGAGUCCAUCGUUCCCCCAACGAAGGUCGCGCUGCAUCACGUGCUCAAGGCGUUGACGAGCUCGAUCGCCAAGCUGAAAGCCAAUGUCGCUAGCUCGUCUCCGUCCGGUAAUGGCUCGGCUGGUGGUGCGUUGGACACCAAGGUUCGCUCGCUCAACGUCCAGGUCAAGAGUAUCCUGCUAGCCCUGCUUAUCGCCCGUCAACGAGUCCGACUCGGCUUGCGUCCUGCAUACGUCUCGGCGCAGUCAUCGUCGUUCACCACCAAUAACAACUCCACCGCUUCGUCAUCCAGCAGCAACGGCAACGUCAUCACCAACCCUGACCGAGUCACGCUCGAGCUCCUCUUGCCCACCUACACCUACUUGCUGAAUCACGCCUCGAGUUCGCUUCCUCCCGUCGGCCAGACCGAUUUCAUGGACCUCCUCAUGCAAGCCGAAGUCAUCGGGCUCGUCUCCCUCGGCUCGUCUUCGUGCCCUUUGACCCCGACCAAGACUCCUUCGAGACGAGGCAAAAGGUCAGGCUCGGGUAAAGACCGGACGGUCGAAUUGAUGGUCAAGGAUGAAGACCUGGUCCGAUCACUAGGUUUGACACCGCCGCCGACUGAUGCGGCGGGAAAGACCUUACCGGCACCAGCCUCGGGGGUGAUGGAGAGCGAAAUGAGGGGGAUGUGGACGAGGGAAGAGUCGAGGUGGAAGCGGGCUCUUGAGGGCAAGACGAGGCAAGCCGAGACCUUGGAGCGGAACGCCUCUCGGGGUCAGCUCGGUUUCGACGAGGUUUAA